UUAAACACUUUUUUUUUUCCAUCUUCUUCAUCAUAUCCUUUGCCAAACAUGGCUUCAUCUCUCCGUUCAUUUGCAGCUGCCCUUCUCUUUGUGAUAAUGUUCAUGGCCACUGAGGUGGGAAGAAACACAAUAAUGGUGGUGGAGGCGAGGACAUGCGAGUCGCCGAGCGGGAAGUUCAAGGGGACAUGUUCUCAGGACACCAACUGCGCAACGGUUUGCAUGACGGAGGGGUUCUCCGGCGGCUCCUGCAAAGGGUUCCGCCGCCGCUGCAUUUGCACUAAGCCUUGUUAA